AUGUCUCGGAAACAUAGGAAACCUCUUCCCCCGUUGUUGCCGGCUCAGCCUUACCCAGAGCUUCAUGUUCAGCACGAUGAUACCAAGUUCUCAACCGUCAAGCUGCCAACCGCAGCGACAAACCCUUUCCAUUAUCUGGACUCACAGGUCCUGCCAAGCUGGUCCAACCUCGAUGACAGCAUAUGGAAGGCUAACCACACUGGUGCUGCUCCGCUGCAAUGUGGAAAUCGGGUAGAGCAUGGAGUCAUCCAAGUCUACUACUGUUCCCCGGCUUCUCAUCAUCAUACACCGAUCCCGCUCAAAGACCAUGGCAUUCCCAACUUCUAUCUUUCUCAAGAAGCAGACCAUUCCCCUGAAUCGACAUCCAUACUUUACUUGCCACCAUUAAAUCUUUAUCAGCUGCGACGAAUUGACUCAACCCCAAUGUCCAAUGUAGCUGACCGGCUGCCGGGGGCUGAUUUCUCGACAAUGCAGACUAUCGACCCUGCGCUGGUUUUUCCAAAUACUUUUACAACGACUCCUGAGCCCUUGAGCUUUACAGCAAAUCUUGGCGCCGCUGCUGAAGUCUGUCCUAUCCCCGCUGAUACCAGUAUCUCCCCUUGGUUUCUUGAUCAACCACCAGGGCAUUCCCAGAUAGUCCAUGACAAGAGCGCGUGCAUAAACGAUCUUUCACUGCCUGACUGUCAUGAUUAUGGCAAGCAGCCUCAUCAUAAGCCGGAAGUCAAGGACCAGAAAUUUGAUAUACACAAGCGAAAAUUCAAAUGCAACAUCAUUGGCUGCAGAAUGGGCUUCAAGCGUCAGGACCACCUCGAGCGCCAUACAAGGAGCCACUUGAAGGAAAAGCCCUAUGUCUGCUGGGUGCCUGGAUGCCACCGUGCCUUUUCACGCCGCGACAACCUCAACAGCCAUUGUACGAAGACACAUGCGAGACCCGGUGGUCGCAACCGUUAUGUUGCCACCCUCGACGAGACGAGCCCCGACUACGAUCCAGAUUUCCGUGGCCAGCUGUCGUUCGACGGGCGCCCACUCGGAUUUCCAGCACCUAUUUGCCCCCUAUCUGAAGCUAAGCCUCAGCAACCAUGA